AUGGCGGAAACCGGCGACAGCAAGUCACCGGCAGCUAAUCCCAACCCUGAAACUACCUCUCCGCCACCGCCACCGCCACCUACACUUCAACAGCCGCAGACAUCGUCACAGCCUCAGCUGCAACCACCGCCACAAACGCCGUCACAGCCACUGCCACCACCACAGCAACCUCAAUCUGAACUUUUGCCCCCAAAGCGUCCCCAACAACUGGAAUCCUCCCCAAACCCAACCACCGAUUCCAAAGACCUACUUUUUANACAUGAAAGUGAGGUUCGAUUUCUUCCUGAAUUCUUCGACGGAAGAUCACCUUCUAAGAACCCUAGGACUUAUAAAUACUAUAGGAAUUCCAUUAUUCGUAGAUUCAGAGACAAUCCCACUAAAAAAAUAACCUUUACUGAGGCUCGCAAGACCAUUAUUGGUGAUGUGGGUUCCAUUCGUAGGGUUUUCGAUUUCCUGGAGACAUGGGGCUUGAUUAAUUACACUGCUAACUCUUCCAAAUCGCUGCUCAAGUGGGAAGAAAAAGAGUCUAAGUCUACUUCUUCUGCUUCCGCGGCUCCGCAAAAUGCUGAUGCUAAUGGAACUACUCCCACUGAUUUUACUGCCCCCAAGAAGAGACUUUGCAGUGCCUGCAAAUCAGCUUGCAGCAUUGCCUGUUUUGUUUCUGAUAAGUAUGAUUUGACUCUUUGUGCAAGAUGCUACGUUCGUGGUAAUUUCAGAGUCGGCAUGAAUACUUCAGAUUUUCGGCGCGUUGAAAUUAGUGAAGAAGUUAAGACAGAUUGGACCGACAAAGAGACUUUGCACCUUUUAGAAGCUCUUAUGCAUUAUGGCGAUGAUUGGAAGAAGGUUGCCGAGCAUGUUGGUGGCAGAAGUGCGAAAGAAUGUGUGGCUCGAUUUGUGAAGCUUCCUUUUGGUGAGCAGUUUAUGGGCCCUCCGGUGUCUGCAGAAGUGGAUAAUGAACCUGGGUCUGAAACUAUGCUUCUUCCAUCCAAGAGAAUGCGCCUCACACCCCUUGCUGAUGCUAGCAACCCAAUUAUGGCUCAGGCUGCUUUCCUUUCUGCUCUAGCGGGAAAAGAGGUUGCAGAAUUAGCAGCACAUGCCGCUGUUACGGCUUUGUCUGAGAACAGUGAGGGAAUAAUGAAAGGGAGUCUAGCAUCUCUACCUGGUGUCUUGGAGAAGCAAGAAACGGACGGAACUUCCAAUGGGCAUGCCAAUGAUACAGUUGAAAGAGCUCUUGUUGAAGCACGGUCUCAGCUUGAGGAGGAGGCACAGGACAUAGAGAGAGCUGUCUCCGAGGUUGCUAUCGAGACCAGGGAGAUUGAGGACAAAAUUGCUCGUUUUGAGGAACAUGAUUUACAGAUGGAAAAGGAGUGGCAACAGCUGAUGCAGCUUAAGAAUCUAAUCUUCUUCGAUCAACUUACUUUGCUGCUAAAUAAAGUUGGUGCUACAAAAGCUGGAGAAGCCAUUGGGGAGGAGGUGAUGAAUGUUAAGGCAGAAUGACAAAUCCCCUUGGUAGAAUAUGGUCUCUUAGUUGCUUACCAAUAUAGUGGGAUCUAGUUAUUUGUCAAAUAUUAGGUAGUGGCAAAUUCAAAGGAAUCAGAAAGCAGAAUGAGUUUCUUUAGCUGCUAACCCCUUUUCUUUUCUGUAUUUCCUGACUUACAUGUUGUAUUCCCCUCUCCCCAGUUCCCUGAGAAGCAGCAACUGUUGCCUAUAUAUUAAAACAAAACAUUACAAGGGAUUUAAAGUCAGUUGGUCUUGCAGAACUUGUAAUUUACAUUUUUUAUUGUGUUUUCUUUAAUAUUUAACAGUGGAAACCAA